AUGGGAAACUCUCAGACCAAGGAGUCACGCUCCACAGCCCCAUCAAGUCGUCGAAGUCAUCAAUUAUCCUCGGGCGCCUCCGAUAGCUCAAGGCCGUAUCAAGGUUCUCGGUCAGCAAGAGGUAGUAGGCCUGAUCUUUCGAUUCUUGGAAUCGGCAGUCAUGAUCGAGAGAUUGCCACAUUAGAGCAUCGGCGGGAGACAAAACAAGAGCGCGAGGCCCGCCGCUUGGAGAAGGAACGGGUGGCUCGUCUUAAAGAGAGGGAGCGCAGUAUGAAAGAGGAGCAUGUCGAUGGAGGUUAUCUUGUGACGCAGGGCGUGUACGUGGGGACAGAAGACUACAAUAAGGUAGUGGUGCGCCAACUGAUGAUUGAACGCCGACUAGCUCCCUUCUGGAGAGGUCUUAAUGACUUCUCGGAGGCAUGGGCUGAGCAUCAGAUUAUGGCCGCCGCACGAGGCAUGCCGAUUCCCUUGCCCGACGAGAUUCCGCCCGAGUUAGAGUACAAAUUAUCCAAGACCACAGACAAGGCCUCUGCCGAUCCGACAAAUAUUCAGCAACUGACAGUGCCGAUCACGUCCAGAUCGCAAUCCUAUAAUUCAGAUGUUUCGCAGUCCUCCAACCCCCCUCAGUCAUUACCCUCCGCAUCUCCGAUCGCAUCCGGGACAUCCACCUCCCCUCUCUUUCGAACGAGGGCGAAGACCUUGGCUGCUUUGACCACCUCCAAGCAAAAUUCACAAACAGAUCUAACGCCCCGGGAACUGCAGCUUCCCAAGGACCCAUUUGUCAACGGACAGCCGAUCGAAGUCUAUUUGUACAAAGACGCAAGCGAAUGUCCUAUCUGUUUCCUCUACUACCCGCCGUAUUUAAACCGUACCCGAUGCUGCGAUCAGCCUAUUUGCUCCGAGUGUUUCGUGCAGAUCAAGCGCCCGGACCCUCACCCCCCAGAGCAUGGAGAGCCUAACGCGAAUGCUCCUUCAGCUGAGGGAGAGCAGCCUGAGUCGGCCGAGUCACAGCUGGUCUCCGAGCCCUCGGCAUGCCCCUUUUGUGUCCAGCCCGAGUUUGGAGUCACCUAUUUACCUCCCUCGUUCCGUCGGGGCCUAAGUUAUGCUGCAGACCCUAGCGCUCGACUCUCACCUAACUUCGUUUCCCCCGUAUCCUCCACCUCCUCUUUAUCUUCUGCUACCGCCGCCAUUCCGGGUCGCCGCCGUGCGACCUCACUAUCCGCCAGUGACCCCACAGUGGUGACAACGGAUAGGAUUCGCCCGGACUGGGCCACCAAAUUAUCGAAUGCACGAGCCCACGCGGCACGUCGAUCUGCCGCAGCGACUGCGCUUCAUACUGCGGCAUAUUUGAUCAACCCCAAUGCAUCCGGGAGUGACUCGCGUGGCUUUGGCAUCGGACGGCGAGGAAUGCGAAGAGCUACCGGUGGGGAGGGGAAUAGCGGCCGGACCGCUUCGCCCGCCCUCAAUGCAUUGGCUUUCUUGACAGAGCGUGCUGGUGCUGGUGCUGGUGCUGAUCGGGCGUCUCGAACGACUGGACAAGACACUGAUUCUGCCUCUGCCGAAGAAGGAGUAGGUAGCCCGGCUGCUCCUCGAUCGAGUUCGAGGCGCAAUCGAAUUGACGAUCUUGAGGAAAUGAUGAUGAUGGAAGCUAUCCGACUGAGCUUGGCCAGCGAAGACGAGCGCCUCAGACGGGAGGAGAAAGAGGCAAGAAAGGAGGCCAAAAGGAGGGAGAAGGAGAAGGAGAAGGAGGCCAAGAAAGCGGAUAAGGUGGCUCGCAAGACUGGCUUAUACAGCAAUAAUGCUAGCGCCUCCGCUUUGGAUAUCCUUGGCGAAUCCAGUUUAGGUAAGGGGACUAGUAGCUCAUCCUCUGUCAUCGGCGAGGAUAUCAUUGGUGAAGAAAUUGCUGCUGGUAGCAAAGGCAAGGGGGUUGACCGUGUCUUGCCAUCGACUACAGAAGAAACAAACACCCCUAUACUGCUUGAUUCAGUAGCGCCAGCAAAUCAAUCGGCGGAUCAGUCUGAGCCGUCACGGCCAUCUCACCUGCGGCAGGUCUCCAGUGCCUCCUCGUCUUUUUCUUCUGUCAUGGAAACCACCCCAGAGGAUGGCACAGGUGACCGCGCUGGUGGAGUGGCCAACCCCCACUCUCUUGAGCCAAUGUUCAAUUUUCGCAGUCUAGCUGCUGUGAUUGGCGAUGAGGAGAAAGCGGAUGACUCUACGGAACAUGUCGAGGAUACCUCCAACAAUACCAGGACCGAGGGCUCGUCUUCGAGUGCCACUCCGUCCGUUCACCAGCCUUUAGCGGAGGUGAACCCUCAACCGGCGCCUGUCGUCGAGUCUCGUGUGGAGUCCCGUGAUGACUCCGGUACCCUUCCUAAAGAACUCGAGACUCGCUCUGUCGAGAUCACUAGUUCCCCCGUGCACCCAGAGGCUACUUCGUGA